UAGAGCACGAGCCGUGUCAGUCUGCUCCGAGCCUCUAACAACCCAUAACGUACCAAAAAAAUCGUAGAAGAGAAAAAGAGCAAAGAACGGACGAGUGUUGGGCGCUAAACGAAAUUUUGCCAUCAUCAAAACCAAAGAAAAACUCUUAGUGACUGUGCUUAAACCAAAAGCUACUCCUUAAAAAAAAAGAACAAAAAAACAAGCAAACAAUUUUUUAUUUGUCAAACGACUUUUUUCCCGCACAUGCGCGAAUUUCGCGCAAAAAAAGGAAGCUUAAAAAGCAAAAGCCAAAAAAUAGACUAAAAGAGAAGUGAAAAGGAGCGCCGGCCCCUCUGCUCCACUCUCGCACACGCACUGUUAUCGCAGCAGCAGCAGCAGCAGCUUUUGUGUGCGCGGUGCAUUCGUGUGGGUGUUAAUUUAACGGUGCCGCGGUCAAGUUUAGGAAAGGAAACGCACAAAAGAGCGGAAUAGAGAGUGAGAGCGCGACUGGAAAGGCAAGAGAAGGUGCUGUUCGCACGGUUCCCGUUUUUGGAUCCCCUAUUCAAAAAGCUUUUGAAGAGCCCUGCCGCCAAGAUGCAGAACUGGGAGACGACUCCGGCCGCCAGCUACGAGCAGCACAAUCCAUGGUACAGCAGCAUGUUUGCGGCAAACAUUAAGCAGGAGCCGGGAUUGACCAGCAGCAACAGUGUGGCAAGCGGCAGCCCCAGUCCGAGGCAGUCGCCACUGCCAUCGCCGGGGAAUCACUUGGAGCAGUACCUCAAACAGCAACAGCAGCAGCACCACCAGCAGCAACAGUUGCAACAACAGCCCAUGGAUACCCUGUGUGGGGCAGCAAUGACACCAUCUCCGAGCCAGAACGAUCAGAAUAGUCUGCAACACUUUGAUGUGACGUUGCAGCAACAGUUGUUGCAGCAGCAGCAGUACCAGCAGCACUUUCAGGCAGCGCAACAACAGCAGCAGCAGCAGGCCCACCAUCAUCAUCACCAUUUGGGAUUAGGUGGAUUCAAUCCAUUGACACCGCCAGGAUUGCCCAAUCCCAUGCAGCAUUUCUAUGCCGGAAAUCUGGGUCGUCCCAGCCCACAGCCAACGCCAACGGCAACCCAAGUGGUGGCACCCACACAAGUGGGUGAGAAACUGCAAGCCCUGACGCCUCCCAUGGAUGUGACGCCACCAAAGUCACCAGCGAAAUCCAUGGAAAAGGAGCUGCUCCACCACGAAAAGGAGCACGAUCAGAUGUCCAACUCCAGUGAGGAUAUGAAAUACAUGGCCGAGUCCGAGGAUGAUGAUCAGAACAUUCGAAUGCCCAUCUACAAUUCGCAUGGAAAGAUGAAGAACUACAAAUGCAAGACAUGCGGUGUGGUGGCCAUCACAAAGGUGGACUUUUGGGCGCACACCCGGACCCACAUGAAACCCGACAAGAUCCUCCAGUGUCCCAAGUGUCCGUUUGUGACGGAAUUCAAACAUCAUCUGGAGUAUCACAUCCGGAAGCACAAGAACCAGAAGCCCUUCCAGUGCGACAAGUGCUCCUACACGUGUGUGAACAAAUCCAUGCUGAACUCCCACCGCAAGUCGCAUUCGUCCGUGUAUCAGUAUCGUUGUGCGGACUGCGACUAUGCCACCAAAUACUGCCACAGCUUCAAGCUGCAUCUGAGGAAAUAUGGUCACAAGCCUGGCAUGGUGUUGGAUGAGGAUGGCACACCCAAUCCUUCGCUGGUGAUUGAUGUCUAUGGCACGAGACGUGGUCCCAAGAGCAAGAAUGGUGGCACUGAAAGAAGCAGCAGCAGUGGCACCACCAGCAGCAGCAGUCGAAAGAGCAAUGUGGCAGCAGUGGCACCACAACAACAACAACAGCAGCAGCAGCCACCAGUAGCAGCAGUCACCUCGCAGUUGAGUGCCGCUCUGCAAGGAUUCGCCACUUCGGUGUCAGCACCCUCGCCAGUAAUGCCCGCCUCUCCUGCCAAGAGUGUGGCAAGCAGCAAGAGCAGCAGCAAAGUGGAUCAGCAGCAGCACCAACAGCAGCAGAACCAACAGCAGCAACAUCAGCAACAGCAGCAGCAGUCUCCUGCCAGUCUCCUGCCGCCGCUGGCCAGCCUUUUGCAGCAGAAUCGGAACAUGGCCUUCUUCCCGUACUGGAAUCUAAAUCUUCAGAUGUUGGCCGCUCAGCAGCAGGCCGCAGUUUUGGCACAACUUUCCCCACGGAUGCGAGAGCAGCUCCAACAACAACAGCAGCAACAGCACCACUCUCAGUCGCAGCACAGCGACAAUGAGGAUGAGGAGCAAGAUGAUGAGUACGAGCGCAAGUCGGUGGAUUCUGCCAUGGAUCUGUCGCAGGGAACACCCGUGAAAGAUGACGAACAGCAUCCCCAGCAGCAACAGCAACAGCAGCAACAGCAACAGCAGCAGCAGCAGCAGAAGCCGCUGGCGAUGGUCAUGAAUAUGAAGCUCGAGGAGGAGGCCACUCCGCUGAUGAGCAGCACGAAUGCCUCACGUCGGAAGGGUCGUGUCCUGAAGCUGGACACCCUUCUGCAACUGAAGUCCGCGGCAUUGACCUCCCCAGAGCAACUAAAGGUUAUGCCCACCGCAUCAUCGCCCAUUGCAGGACGCAAACAGCUACCCGAAGAACAUUGUUCGGGUGCCAGCUCUGCGGAUGAGUCGAUGGAGGCGGCGCAUGUACCUCAGGCUAAUACGAGUGCCAGUUCCACUGCCUCCAGCUCUGGGAAUAGCUCCAAUGCCAGUGCCAGUAGCAAUGGGAAUAGCAGCUCCACCAGUGCAACAGCACCCGCUGUGGCAUCCACACCCGCAGCAGCAGGGGCCAUCUACGAGUGCAAGUACUGUGAUAUCUUCUUCAAGGAUGCGGUGCUCUACACCAUCCACAUGGGCUAUCACAGCUGCGACGAUGUGUUCAAGUGCAACAUGUGCGGCGAGAAGUGCGACGGACCCGUCGGCCUCUUCGUUCACAUGGCACGCAAUGCGCACUCCUAAAAAAAA